AUGCCUUUCUCUAAGCUCGUCAAGAACAAGGCGUACUUCUCGCGGUACCAAGUCAAGUACAAGCGCCGCCGCGAGGGCAAGACCGACUACUAUGCCCGCAAGCGCUUGACCACCCAGGCCAAGAACAAGUACAAUGCGCCCAAGUACCGCCUCGUCGUCCGCUUCACCAACCGCGACAUCGUUGCUCAGAUCGUCACCUCUGAGAUUGGCGGUGACAAGGUCUUCAUGGCUGCGUAUGCCCACGAGCUCAAGCCCUACGGCAUCACUCACGGUCUUACCAACUGGUCCGCUGCCUAUGCCACCGGUCUUCUGCUCGCCCGCCGCACCCUGAAGAAGCUCGAGCUCGACGAGGCUUUCGAGGGUGUUGAGGAGGCUGACGGCGAGUACAAUCUCACCGAGGCCGCCGAGGUUGACGGUGAGGAGCGCCGCCCCUUCAAGGUCUUCCUGGACGUCGGUCUUACCCGUACCUCCACCGGUGCCCGUGUCUUCGGUGCCAUGAAGGGUGCCUCUGACGGUGGUCUCCUCGUACCCCACUCCGAGAACCGUUUCCCCGGUUACGACAUCGAGUCCAAGGAGCUUGAUGCCGAGAUGCUCCGCAAGUACAUCUUCGCCGGUCACGUCGCUGAGUACAUGGAGACUCUUGCCGACGACGACGAGGAGCGCUACAAGUCCCAGUUCAGUGGCUACAUCGACGACGACAUCGAGGCCGACGGUCUUGAGGAGCUGUACCAGGAUGCCCACAAGCAGAUCCGCGAGGAUCCCUGGAAGAAGGAGGAUGGCGACGAGCCCAAGAAGUCCAAGGACGAGUGGAAGAAGGAGUCCCUCAAGUACAGGUCGUCCAAGCUCUCCAAGGCCGAGAAGGAGAAGCGUGUCCAGGAGAAGAUCCAGCAGCUCAAGGCUUAA